UAUUCCGCAAAGGAACCGCGGCGUGCCGCAGUAGGUACGAUAUGUUCCAUCCUGCAGCCGAUUGCUCUCAAGUCUGCGGCUCAAGCCUUGUGCGCCAGUUUUAUUACGGGCCCUCGCCAUUUGAAGUAUGGCAAACGAACUAGACAACAGAGAGUAACAGAAUGCAGUUCGUAGACGUGCCAUGCCUUUUGCCAUGAAGUUUCUACGUUAAGGCGAUCAUCAGUUAGUUAUACAAUCAUCGUGGUGCUGUUGCUUUAUUGUAUUGUAAUGCAUCUUGUUAGUACUCUUUCGUUAUGCUCGUUGCUGCCAGUGCCAUCCAGGUUAUCUACUAGAUCGUUAUAUGCAGUCCUGGUUCUUGCGUGCUCACGUACUUCCUGCUUCGUAUCAGGGGCAUUCGAAAGGGGCAACGCAACGAGUCUUAGACACAAACAUUAGGGGCAGUAUUUGCUGGCGGGAUACUCAUUGUAGAAAGCCUCCAUUGCUGUUACCACGAUCGAUGGAACGACAAUGGGCAAACCACAAGGAAAGCCGCCGUUGCCAUCACGAGUCGCUCCUAAAUGAGCGGCAAUAGCGGCGAAGGCGAUAGUAACAGCAGCAGCAGCAGAAGCAACCGAGCUACUACGGCCAGCUUCACGGAUGUCACCUAGGCGCCCGGGUCGUAACAUAGCGAAGAUGCGAAUGAAAGUCUGUCGGCUGAAAAAAGCAAUGUUGGUAAUCGUCGACAGGUGUCGCGUGAGUGUUAUAGUGUAAAAGUAGUCUCGUCCAGAUUAUAAUGCUGUGAUGUAAGCUCCGUGCAACGGAUAUAACGUUAAUAUCAGCAGAGAAGGACGGCAAUCCGUCACGUGUCGAGCGCUACCUCAGGUAUCGACAACAACGAUAGUUACAGUGUUUGCCGAUUUUAAGGGUGCAAUGUUCGCAGUGAAUAUUCUGGCUGUAGGGUAGGCAGUUAGGCAAAGCAAAGGAGGGACGCCUCGCGAACAUGGACAACUUCAAAGCUAACGAGAUAGAACUAUGACUUCAAACCGAGAUCACACUUCAAGCGGCGUCACUGGUGGAAGCGAUGAAUUCCCUGUUGGAACCAUCGCAGGAGUUGGUGAGAGCAGUCCAGUGGCCACGAGGCGUCAACCUCGAAGUCCUCUAUGCUACUCUAUACCAUCGACCAGCGGGUCGGGCAGCUUUGGACCUGGAAGUGAAUCGCCUCCAUCAGUUCUAUCGACGCCGACCCACGGUGCAGUUCCAGCCACACAGGGCAGCGGAAGCUGUGCUACGGGUUCUGGAGGCCACUGGCAGAAGUUUAACUUCAAAUCUAAGAAGAUCGCCUCGAUGUUAUCGACUCUGAAGAGGUUCGCUACCUCGCCAAAGAGGAGACUCAGCGAUCGAUCAUCAUUGCAGUGUUCGGGUCGACUAUGCCAAAGCCACCCCAAUGUGUCCCGGAGCAACCUGGCAGCGCUGGCCGCUGGCGCUUAUGACGACGAACACCUCGACGGCGCCCAGAUGUAUGACAAUCUGACGACGACCAACUCACAGUCCGAUACGACAAUUCACCACUGGCGGUGGAGACGCGACAAAAGCGAUCGGAGUGAAAAAGAUCGGGGAUUAAGCGGCGCUCGGGAUGUACCGAUUAAAACGGAACAGCUUCUCGCCAUCGAUAAAAAACUUCCUCAGCUUCGCUUGCAUCAUCGCUUAUCUGUCGAAAGCUCGGGUUCGACGCUAGCGACUCUUGCUUAUGUUGAAGAGGAGCCGAGUUCCAGCCGGCAGGAUCCGGGAGCGUCCGUUUCGACGUCGCCGAUAAGCAAGUCGUUCUUCGUCUUGGAUGUGUGCCUGCGUUGCGGAAAAAACCUUAUCGCAAAGGAUCCCUGUGGGACCAGUGAUCCAUAUGUCAAGUUUCGCAUUGGUAAUAGGCAAAUUUAUCGAAGUCGAACGCUGAGCCGAACCUUGGAGCCUUUCUGGGACGAGUCCUUUAGCGUGCCUCUUGACAACAUCUCGCAGGCCUUGCACGUCAAGGUUUACGACUACGACUUCGGGCUGCAAGAUGACUUCAUGGGCGCUGCAGAGAUCGAGAUAGAUUCUUUAGAACUAGACAAACCAACUGAUAUUCUUGUAAAUCUCUCAGAAACGGGUAAACAAGAGGAUGCCAGCGCAGCUCAAGAUCUUGGCUACCUCAUGCUCAGCCUUUGCCUUACCCAGAAACCCGCCGAGGAUCGGCCUCAAUAUUUUUCAAAGAGUGCGCCAUUCCGGCUUGGUCUAGGAGGGUCACAGGAAUCUCAAGGGGUAGUAACAGGCCCAGUGAACCGCAAGCAGAAAAUACAAAUCUGGGAUUCAGUAGUCAACGUGGUCCUCGUUGAAGGUCGAAAGCUUCUUCCGAUGGACGAAAAUGGCCUCAGCGACCCGUUCGUCAAAUUCCGACUGGGCAAUGAAAAAUAUAAAAGCAAGUUCUGUCUAAAAACGUUAAAUCCACAGUGGCUGGAACAGUUUGAUCUGCAUAUGUACCAAGAACAGCCGAAGGUACUCGAAAUCACGGUUUGGGACAAGGACUUCGGAGGUCGUAACGACUUCAUGGGAAGAGCUAGCAUCGAUCUUCGUUCUCUCGAGCCUGAAACCACACAUCCGAUCUGGCAGGAAUUGGAGAAUGGGGCAGGUCAGAUCUUUUUGUUAAUCACAAUCUCGGGUACUCAGGUUUCGUCUGCUGUCUCUGACCUAGACUCCUAUGAACCAAUGGAAAAUGGACAGAAGCUCAUAGCCAACAAAUAUACCUUCGCCAAUAGCUUUCGAAAUAUGAACGAAGUUGGAUCUCUUGUCGUCAAAGUGUUUAAGGCGAUGGGUUUGACAGCGGCUGAUAUCGGAGGUAAAAGCGAUCCAUUCUGUGUUCUCGAGCUCGUCAAUACCCGACUACAAACUCACACAGAAUAUAAGACCCUUUGCCCAGAGUGGAACAAAAUCUUCAUAUUUAAGCUGCGAGAUAUUCACUCCGUACUCGAACUCACGGUCUAUGAUGAAGACCGGGAUAAAAAAGUAGAGUUUUUGGGCAAGCUUGCGGUGCCCCUAGUCAGCAUACGUAACGGUGAAAAGAGAUGGUACCAGCUCAAAGAUCGCGAACUCAAAAAACGAGCCAAAGGCCAGAUCCUUCUUGAGUUCGAGGUCGUCUACAAUCCAAUCAAAGCGUGUGUACAAACAUUUACUCCAAAGGAAGUGAAGUUCAUGCAGAUCGAUCAGAAAUUUAGGCGGGUUGUGUUCAUGCGAAACGUGAACCGGGUAAAGAGUCUAGUGAUGCAUAUUGUCGAAGUGGGCCGCUUUGUCAACUCCUGCUUCCAGUGGGAAUCCGUUCCUAGGUCCAUUAUCGCAUUCGCAUUGUUCUUGCUGAUUACGUGGACAGCGGAGUUGUACAUGUUCCCUUUAGCGUUGUUAUUGAUAUUCGGUAAAAAUUACCUUUUCGUUCAGAUGACUGGUUCUGCUGGAGAGGACGAGCUAUGCGAUUAUAAUGAAGAUGACGACGAUGAAGAUAGAGAUCGUCCGAAACAGCCCAAGCCGCCAGAAGAGAAGAAGUCGUUAAAAGAGCGUCUUCAGGCGGUACAAGAGAUCACUGCCAUGAUUCAGAAUGUACUUGGUCAGGCAGCAUCUCUCGGCGAAAGGGUCAAAAAUACAUUCAACUUUAGCGUUUCGUUCCUAUCGUGGCUAGCAGUGGUUGCAUUGUGCGUAGUUUCCCUGCUCCUCUAUCUCGUGCCGUUACGCUACAUAAUUCUCAUAUGGGGCAUUAAUAAAUUCACAAGGAAGCUCCGAAACCCUGAUGUGAUACCUAACAACGAACUGCUCGACUUUUUAUCCAGAGUACCCGACAAUGAGGAACGGCUAAACAGCCGCGAGUUGAGGCCCGUACAGGCUUCGUCGGGGGAGGCCGACCGGAAAGCGCGCAAGCGGAAAUGACGUCACGUGCAGCCGCACUUCCGGUGCACCGCUCCUGCCGAAAUGCCAUAUUUGCAACGGACUUCGGCACACAUUUGGCAAGAUUACGGUAACACGAAAAAGGACGAUGUCCAUGUUUCUUCGAGUUGUUGCCGAUCUGGUAGCAUCGAGUCUCAUUUGCCGAAUCUACUCAUCAUCCGUACCAGUAGCAUCAUCUCAAGCAUAAUUUACAAUGAUCGACGGAAGGGCCGAUUUCAUCAGCUUCCUACAGAUUCAACUAUAAUUAUUGCUACUGUUGGUAAUACAGUUAAAAAGCAAAUGACGUCAAAUUAGGAAUCAAAAAUUGUAGAUCAGAGUCGAAGCUCGCUGUUUGCCUGGCGCUGGCUAACAGCAUUGAAGAGACCGGACUCGUCAACGAGAUCCGAUCUCAAUAUUGGAUUCGUUCGUGGUAGCAGCAACAGUUGUCGGUAAACAUUAAUGACCUUUAUUGAUAAUCUUUUACGGCGAUCAUCGCUGCGUUAUACAUCUAAAAUAAGAAACAGAAACAAUGAGAGAAUGAUGGGGAACUGCUGACAUCAGAUGUAUCUGAUGCUAUUCUUGUCUAAUCUCAUACGAACGUUAGAACAAACAAAUUUUUCAGCUUUACUAGGAUGUUUGCCUUUACUUGUACAAUGGAGUUUCGAUAUGAACUCUUCCUGUUACUAUCUUAAUUGGUACUCCGAGACGUCAUACCUAAAUAGAGGUAAACAACUAUUGAACAUGGGACGAAAAGCUGACAAGCAUUUUAAUCAGACCGCUAACUUUCGACGAUAGGUUAUUUGAGGAACUAAGUUCUAUAUUCGUAUUGUUGGAAAUAGUUAUGAUUACACAUAUACCGUAUUUUUGUAUAGCUAUUUUACAAUUACGUUUAUUAUUCGAGAUGAAAAGACGGACACUUCUUUGGGGUAUUAGUUUAUAUUUAUGAGCAUAUACAAAUGCUGAAACAAUUUUUGCUCUCGGAGCAAUUCCUGACAGAAACUAACCUGAACGGAAGUUAAUUUUCUCAGGUGUUUUUAUUGACACUUACGUUGUUCGUAUUCUAUAUUUACAAUGAAAAACCACCAAUGUGCAUUAUGCUGAAGGGUCAGAUAAGUGACAUGCAAGUUACUCCUAAUUGAAGUUUCAUUUGCUUUCUUUUGAUCAAUUUCUGUUGGCCUAGUCUAACAAAAAUACCGAAGGAAAAAUAUCGUCAGUGCAAUUUUUAUUUAGAUUUCGUACCGCUUAUGAGCUGCCGCAUGCACUUGGUACAAACAGAAUUCGUAUUCAUAUGUAUCGGGCACAUACACACACGCAUAUAAACUGAACGUUUUAAUCUUCUAUUUAAAAUCUACAUAAUUCACGUAGUGAUAAAAACCUAUCUCUUUUCAUUAAACAAUUCAUUGAGAUUAAGUCAAAUAACUACGAUUUUUACCAAUAUUAUAAAGUACUGCCAUAAAUAUGAGCAUUCUAAAGAUAACGACUGUGAAAGAACUACCAGCGAAUUGUUAGUCAAGCAGCAAAUGUAUGUGUGCGACCCGCGGAUACAUACGAAAAGAAUAUGUCGGCACUUGUCGGCUUUCAGGUGCAAUUUGUUUAUAGAUUGUACCCCGAUCUCUAUUUCCUAGUGCUAUGCCUUCUCUGAGAAGCUUUAGCUCUCUCAAAUUCAAGCUGCUUGGUAUUAUUCAGCGUUUGAUAGAGGGAAGUAAGUUCUUCGCAAUUUAAAUCCAGUUCACGCUGUGAGAUCGAAAUGUAACGGUAACGCUUUCGGUAAGUGUUCAUGUCAGAUAAGGGCUGACACUAAAACUACCUACGUAAAUACCGAGGUCAACCUUCAGAGCUGAAGGUAAUUUGUGAUCAGUUACAGUUGAAAGUAAGUGCGAUCGCUGUUCUUAGAUGCGAUGGUCAUUCGCUAGCAAUCACUCAUAUUAAUCCAGAUAUUGGUAAACGGCUCCAAAUAUUAGACAUGCACCUGGGAGGGGCAGCAACCCUGCUGGCACAUUUCUAACGCUCGAUAACUGUUAUGCGAUCAACAACAGCAUUAGAUUACAAUACUAGUUUUCUCUGGAGUCGUUUAUGUCGCGUCCGACAUAUUCGUGUCAUAAACGCACGUGACGGCCGCAUUUACUUCGUAACCUGCCCAGACCGCUUGUCGGCCUUGUCAGUUUUCUCAACCCAUUUGCUGCUGUUCGUAUUGCUAUUGACUGAUGUUCAGGACCGUUGACUUCGUUCAGUUGGACUUUGGCCGUACUCUUUUCCUCGACCGUCACCCGAUUAUAGAAAUGAUGCGAACCCGAGGUUCUCUUUCAACCUUUCAGCUUUAGACUAACAACGUAAACAGCGUCACACAAUUAUUGCCUUUAUUAUCUAGAGUUAACCGCUACCAAUUGGCUCGUCAUAUUUCGAACGCGGCGAAGGCAGAAACUACCAUUUUAUAUUUUUGGCGCCACACAACGCCAAGAGACGUCGCUGUACGCGUGGGAGAGAGGAAUUAGAGAGGGAAAAACAAAAUCAUGCCUGAAUGAAUAGCCGCUAAAAGUUUUUUACGUUUUCGUUUGUCACAAGUGAACGUCUCUGAAGUGUGCCCGUCGAAAAAUUUCCUUUUUUUUUAUUGAAACACGAUAGUCAAAUCAGUAAAGGCAUUAUAAUAUUAAAUAUAUAUGUAUAUAUAUAUAAAAUAAAUUACGAUGUUAAUCGCCGAAGGUCGAAAAACCGUUAUGGUGCCGCUCGCACGUUUCAACGAUGUUGACUUUGCCAGUUUAUACUGACGUUAGUUCGUUAGUGUAGGAAUUCGAUAACAAGCGCUUGCUCCCGUUUCUUUUCAGUCUCAAACUAGUUGUAUUCAAAGCGAUGCCUAAUCAAUUCGUACUAUGUACCCAUUUGGUUUAGCCAUGAGUUUUGUUGCGCGUACACAUAUGUCUAGUUAGGAGCUUCCUGCGGGUGCGUGUACUCAAUUCUGUUCGAUUUAGCUGACAGCAGUCCGCUUCUCUACUGCUCAAGCAAACGACAUGGCACUGUUACGCAUUUACAUUAGUUUUUUCUAUUUAAUAUACAUAUAUAUAUUAAAAAGGAGUCUCUGCAAUGCUUGGAAGCUAUCUAUUGUAGCGGUGGCCCAAACAGGACCGCCGUCAAAGAAUCCAGCUACUGCAAUGAUGAAUGCAGGAAAAUUAGGACAACGCUUCGAAUUGGGAAGCGUAAGCUCUACUAAUAAAUGCAGUGUUACAUUGCGUAUCGAUAAGCGUCCUCGAAUACUCACGUUUUACCAAUGCAUAUCAAACUGUUUUAUCUUUGUUAAUUUCCUGCAUAUAAUAGCAUAACAUGAGCGCUAAAUUAUGUUAUAGAUUAUGUAUAGCUGAUAGAAUAACAAGUUGCUAACGGCCAUUGCUACCAUUACUCCUAUGAAAGACUUGCUGCAAGCACCUCCGAGAAUCGCCGAGAUAUAUAUAUAUAAAACUCUUUAUGAAUAUAUAACUAGACAGAAAAAGAAACACCUCGAUAUAUAUAUAUAUA